CUGAUUUUAAAGCGUCGCAAGCGGGAGGAAGAAAGCUGGCGCCAUCUUUGUUAGAUUCAAUGAGAGGGACGACUGAGGAGGGAAACAGCUUGUAACUUCUCUUCAGCAGUGAAGGAAGAACUUACACCGCCCCGUAUCCAUACGAAAAAAUUACUGUUGAAUGGUGUCGCUGACCCCUACGCCUUGACCGAUCACAGGGCCAAUGUUUUACGCCCACUUUGUCCUCAGCAAGCGUGGGCCGUUAGCCAAGAUAUGGCUGGCGGCCCACUGGGACAAGAAGUUGACCAAAGCUCACGUCUUUGAAUGCAACCUGGAGAGCAGUGUGGAGAGCAUCAUUUCCCCCAAGGUGAAAAUGGCUCUACGUACAUCUGGACAUCUUCUCCUGGGUGUAGUGAGGAUCUACCAUAGGAAAGCCAAGUACCUGCUUGCUGACUGUAACGAGGCUUUCAUUAAGAUCAAAAUGGCUUUCCGACCAGGUGUUGUCGAUCUGCCCGAAGACAAUCGCGAGGCUGCCUACAACGCCAUCACUUUGCCAGAAGAAUUUCAUGAUUUUGAUCAGCCCCUUCCUGAUCUUGAUGACAUAGAUGUAGCCCAGCAGUUCACGCUGAACCAGAGCCGUGUGGAGGAGAUCACCAUGAGAGAGGAAGUGGGCAGUCUCAGCAUCAUGGCUGACAAUGACUUUGGUGACUUUGGCAUGGACGAUCGAGGUAUUAUGAGGGAGGAGAGUGCUUUUGAGGUGGACAUCAUCCACGGAUCCUCUGCCUCGAACCUUCUGUUGGAGGCAGAGCCUGGCCCCGCCCACCUUCCUGACAAGUCGACCAAUCUUGACUAUGAUGACUUUGGAGAGAACAACCUGGAGAACAGUGAUGGUGGAAUACUCGUGGAUAAGCUCUUGAGCAGUGAUGGUGGUGGCGGAAUAUUUGAUGAUCCUCCAGCCAUCACGGACAGUGUCAUGAUGCCCCCAGAACACGGAGACGACGAUGAUGACGAUUUUGAUAACCUCUCCCCCGCUGGAGCACCGGACAGCCCUGACUUGGGUCCGGUAGACCCUCUUCCUAACACCACGGAUCAGACAGAGCAGACUACUCUGGUGCCUAACGUAGAGGAGGCCUUUGCUCUGGAGCCCAUCGACAUCACUGUGAAAGAGACCAAGGCCAAGAGGAAGAGGAAAUUGAUUGUGGACAGCCUGAAGGAGCUCGACAGCAAGACCAUCCGUGCGCAGCUCAGUGACUACUCGGACAUCGUCACCACACUGGACCUGGCUCCGCCCACCAAGAAGCUGAUGAUGUGGAAGGAGACGGGAGGUGUGGAGAAGCUCUUCUCCCUGCCAGCCCAGCCGCUCUGGAACGGCCGCCUGCUUAAGAUGUUCACGCGCUGCCUGACGCCAUUGGUGCCGGACGAGCUGAGGAAGAGGAGGCAUGGUGGCGAGGCCGACAGCCUGGAGGAGUUUCUCCGGGAGCUGGAGAACCCCGAGGUGCCCCGUGAGGAGCAGCCGUGCCUGCGCGGAGACGUCAUCGAUCAGACCAUCCUGGAGGAGCCCAGUGUACUGCAGGCCUCCUCUAUCGAGGGCAGCCGGACCACUCUGGACGAGACCCUGAUGCCUCCGCCCCCCAGGCAGCGUCCCGUCAAGCGCAAGUCUCAGGAGCCCGAGCCCACCUUGCCGUCAAUGGCCAUGCUGGAUCAGAGCCUGCCGCCGGUGGAGCAGACGGGGCUGACCCAACAGCUGGACGUGCCCCAGGUGGAGCUGCCCCCCGAGGAGAGCGCCAGCCUCUCCAGGCUUGCGCCAGAGCUUGACCUGCUGGGGGAGAAAAGCAAGGAUAAGGAGGACAGUGAGGAGGAGGAGGAGAUUGAGGGCCAAGGCGGAGACCAGGACCAGGAGGAGAGGAGAUGGAACAAGAGAACCCAGCAGAUGCUGCAUGGACUUCAGCGUGUGAUGGCCAAGACCGGAGUCCAGUCCAUCAGCCUGCUGGAGCUUUGCAAGAACAACAACAGGAAGCAGGCUGCUGCCAAGUUCUACAGUUUCCUGGUCCUGAAGAAACAGCAAGCUGUUGACCUGUCUCAGGUCGAGCCCUACAGUGACAUCGUCGCCACGCCAGGGCCACGCUUCCAUAUUGUAUAGGUGCAUGUUACUCUGAUCUGUGUAGUAGCUGUAUUUAACACUUUUUAAUGUUGGUCAGUUUUUUUUUUUUUUUUUAUUGUUAUUGUGUAUCUGGCUUGUUUUUUGGACCAAUUGUAAGAAGAAUUGAUCAUGACGAGGUUUUAACUCCACAUAGCAGGGGGCUUACAUGUUGGUCUCUUGUAUUCCCAUUAUUUCAAAACCAAUGAAACUUUGCAGCCUGUCUUCUAUAUUUCAGAAACUGUUUUAACACUUUGGUUUUUACCUGAUUUAGGUUUUACAGCUCAAAUACUAGUAGAAUAGGUGUAUACAUUUUUACAUUUUUGAUAAUGUCAUGUUUGAGAGACAGGUUUAUUUUUGGAAGUUUUGGUGUAAGUGUUGAAUAAUGCAGAAGCUCAACAUUUUGUAUCCCUUUUAAUGACAUGUCUAAGGAUUGCUCUGUGGUUAUUAAAGGUUUAUUCAAACUAAACUAUA